UCGGCUAGGGCUGAAGAAGCAAGGCAGAAGAGACAGGGAGCCGGUAGGUCGGGAAGGAGGCUAUACUUACCUCUUAUGUCCUUAUGGAGCAGGGAAGUCUCGUGAAAUCCUUCGGCCGACGUCCCCUAUAGGGUGGUAUGGUACUUUGCUGAUUAAACAUACGGCCAGCGCAGUGGAACGUAUCAUCAACUUCGAUGACUUUUCUUUCGGUUCGUCUAUUUUGGUUCUGGAUGUUUAAGCUCGAGUCAAGACCUCGUCAAUUUAGUAGAAGUCCUACAAUAAUGCCAAGUCACCGUUCGUAAGAUCCUGAGGUGCAACCAACCUUCAGGCAGCAUUCACGAUGUUGGUAUACCGCCGAACCCCCGGACCGGGGAUUAGACUCCAUUCAAACCCCCUAAGUUCCAAUGUAGCGUUCUGAUGCUGCUCCCAUGACUACGUUAAAGACCCGACUUUCAUUGUCUUGAACGAGGCCAUUCCCUCUUCAAGUCGUCGUUUUUUGCGGCUGUUCUUCACCUCUCUACCAUAUCAUCAUAGGCGGCUAAGAUCGUGGGAACUCGCCACGUCUCUUCUCCCUCAGGUUCUCUAUCUCGAGACUUGACGCACGCUGGCUGAUAGCCAUGCACCUUGAUAGCCUUCAGCAAUGGGCGUUUACGGCGCUCGCCGUUGCCCCAGUGCUGGGGAGCAUCCAACCCAACUUUGACCGGUCUCACAAGCCAUGCCCAAGGUCCUGUGACGAAAACCCAGGCCUCGCAGACUGGAGCAGUUACUAUUCGCUUGAUAGGCUCGAAGUUUGUGCUGAGCCCAUGCAACUAGUCUUCUCAACUUUCAACUCCAUUGACGACCCUAAGUCUCAACUUCGCAUACUGGCAUGUACGUCGGGAAACGCAGAGACUCCUAUCAACGCUCUGACAGGUACUGCGGUGGACGAGUCGUCAGAUUCGCCAGGCCUGGUGGACCUAGAAGCCGAUGAGCUUCCUAAGAAUGACGACAGUCGACUCGCAAAGCGCGAUGAUGACCUUGAUUCCAUGGCCCCUGUCUGUCACAAAGCCGUACAGCAAAACUCCACGGUAGAAUGGAUCACGUGGAGUUCAGACGGGACCGGCACAACUGGCGAUAGAUUGGAUGACGUGCUCACUUCGCUGAGCAGUACUCAGGCCUAUCUUGAACACCCCAUCAACUGCGAAGAGAAUGUCAUCUACGGCUACACGCGAGGCGUCCUUGUCGGACUUUAUGCUGGUAGCCAGAUCCAAAACCGUGGGGUCGCGGCCUACUUUGUGCAAGACGCCCUAUCCCGUAUCGCAAUGUCAAAAGAGAAGAGCGGACGGAUGGCAGUCCAGCUCUGUAGCGAAGCCCGGGAUGCCAGCGGUAUCCUCGGUCUAGUAGUAGAUCCGUCCGGAGACUUUGUCUGGACACAGAGUGUGAUCCAGGCCUGGUCCUCGGGCAAGUGUAUCGACGAAUCUGCAUCUGGAGGCAUGGCAAAAAUCACACAGCUUGGUACAACUGUUUCUGUCAUCCCCAGCGAUUUGAAACGAUCCGAGCAUAGCAAACGAGCAACAAGCCCUCGUCCUGACGGCUCUUGCGUAUCUUACAUCAUCAAGGCCAUGGACACUUGUAACAGCAUCGCGAAGGCUGAGGGCAUGAAACAGUCCGACCUGUAUAAGUAUAACGAGAACACUUAUGGCUGGGGUGGGUGCAACAGCUUGUAUCCUGGGAUGCGUAUAUGCGUUGGCCCUGGAACACCACGCUUACCAGCUCCGAACCAAGAUGCCGAAUGUGGACCAACCAAGCCUGGAACAGUUGAAGAUGGCAGCAAGUUUGAAGACCUCAGCCCCUGCCCGAUUAAGGCCUGUUGUAACAUCUGGGGCAAGUGUGGAGUGGACAAGGACUUCUGUGUACCGACGUUCUCCGAGACUGGAAACCCAGGUACCGCUGAGCCAAAUACCAACGGCUGCGUCCAGAACUGUGGGCUGGAGUUGAUAACAGGCUCUCCUCCAUCUGAGUUUAUCAAAGUUGGGUAUUUCGAAGCUUGGAACCGUGAAAGGCCAUGCCUCCAUAUGUCGCCAAGCGAAAUCCCUUCGUCGUAUACUCACAUACACUAUUCCUUUGCUGAUAUUACAUCCAGCUUCGAGGUGUCACUCGGCCGAUUUCCUGAUGUUUUCGAUGAGUUCAAAAAAUUAACCGGCCAUAAGAAGGUCGUGGCUUUCGGCGGCUGGGCAUUCAGCACAGAGCCUUCCACUUAUCAGUUGUUUCGAAAUGCUGUCAAGCCCGCCAAUAGGCAGAAAUUUGCCCAGGCAUGUGUGGACUUUGUGAACAAACAUGGGCUGGAUGGUGUUGAUUUUGAUUGGGAGUAUCCUGGUGAACCUGAUAUUCCCGGAAUACCAGCUGGUGACGAAGACGAGGGUCAAAAUUACCUUGAAUUUGUAAAGGUCGUUCGAUCAUUGAUGCCGCAGGGCAAGACUGUGUCCAUCGCUGCUCCGGCUUCAUUUUGGUAUCUGAAGCAAUUCCUCAUCGAAGAGAUGAGUGAGGUUCUUGAUUACAUCGUUUAUAUGACAUACGAUCUGCACGGUCAGUGGGAUUAUGGUAAUGAAUGGGGACAGUCCGGCUGCAAGUCUGGCAACUGUUUGCGCUCUCAUGUUAAUAUUACCGAAACGAUGUCCUCUUUGAUCAUGGUCACCAAAGCUGGUGUUCCCUCGAAUAAGAUCGUCGUAGGAGUGACUAGCUAUGGUCGAUCCUUUAAGAUGACAGAUUCCUCGUUGCUCUGGUCCUGAAUGUACUUAUACCGGACCAGAUUCUGGUGCUACUCACGGGGAGUGCACGGAAACUGGAGGCUAUAUCAGUGAUGGAGAGAUCAAUCAGAUCAUCGACGAUGGUGGUGCUAAGAGGCAGUGGAC